UGUCUCCAUACUCCAGUGCUCAUGCUAUAAAAAGGUGCCAAAGCUUCAAGGGAGCAUCGAGAGAUUCAAAUGGAGUGAAAAACUAAUUCAGUACAAGAUCCAAACCAGAAGAAGCAUGAAGAUUCACUCAAUUGUGCUUCCCCUUCUCUCUGUGACUCUUUUGUUGAGUCUCCUUACCCCUUCUCUAGGCCAACAACCCAAGCUCUGCCCUGUUACUUUCCCUUUACCAGUUAAAGGUGCAUGUGGAAGUGAUGGGGAUUUCAGGUGUAUUGAUGAAGCACUAAAACGGUUUGCAGCAAGUCAGGUGCCUCAAAAAUGUUCAUGCAGUGAUGCUAGACCUGCAAGUAGCCAGUGCCAGUGUUCCAUUAUUUGUACCAAUCCCACAAACUAAGCGUUUUUUAACUUAUGUAAUUGCUUUUUCUGGCAGAUUCUACGAGAAAAUUCUUUGCUGAAUAAGAUUUUGUGGGAUUUUUGUAAUUUUUCUAUCUCUACCCUGUGUACCGUUUGGGUGCCAUAAUAAUAUUUUGAGAGGAAUAAUUAAACCAGCA